UGUGUGCGUGCGCGGUAGUUCCCCCCCCUCCCUCUAACAAUUCCGGAUCUUCCUUCGUCGGAUCUUUUAAAUUAUCGGUCAGUAACGCCCUCUGCAAAGCCUCGAGCAAGCCCAGGACAGCAUGUCUGGGAGCAAAUACGUAGACUCCGAGGACUUUUUUUACACAGCGCCCAUCACCAUCAGGGAGCAAGGCAACAUCUACAAGCCCAACAACAAGGUCAUGGCAGAUGAAAUGCACGAGAAGGAGUUCCAUGACGUUCACACCAAAGAGAUUGACCUGGUCGACCGAGACCCCAAGCAUCUCAACGACGAUGUGGUCAAGAUUGACUUCGAAGACGUGAUUGCCGAACCUGAGGGAACCCAUAGUUUCGAUGGGGUCUGGAAGGCAAGCUUCACCACCUUCACUGUGACAAAAUACUGGUUUUAUCGCUUACUGUCUGCCCUCUUCGGCAUCCCCUUGGCUCUCAUCUGGGGCAUCUACUUUGCCAUUCUGUCCUUCCUCCACAUCUGGGCAGUGGUGCCCUGCAUCAGGAGCUACUUGAUUGAGAUCCAGUGCCUCGGCCGAGUCUAUUCUAUCUGCAUCCACACCUUCUGCGACCCGCUCUAUGAGGCUAUUGGCAAAAUGUUCAGCUCUAUCAGAGCAACAGUACGGAAAGAAGCAUAACUGACGUUUCGAGGAGCCUGAAGAGAGGGUCUUCUUCCCUCCCCUCCAUUUUCUUUUCUUUCUUUCUUUUUUGUUCCAGUCCCAAGGCUAUAUCAACGAUGAACAAAGCAACUGGCACACGUCAUCUAAUGAAGCAACCAACCUGAGUGCAGCAAAGAAUCACUUGCCCAAAUUUCCUCCCUACUUAAUCUCUCCUGGAAUUAUAUCUUCCCUUCUUUUUUCAGGAGGUAGGCUGAUCUGCAUUUUUUUUAUAAAAAAAAAGGCCAAAUAUAAAAAUUGCUGCUCUCCCAUUCCUAGCUGCCUAUUGUUUUGCUGACCCUUUGACGAACUGACUCAUGUUCUGCUUACCCUUUCCGUUCAUUUGUUGCAAGUUCAGUUCACAACGCUAUAAAAUAAAGAGCCGAAACAUUGCUUUCCAGCGCUACAACGCUGCUCUUGAUUUUACUGUGAGCGACAAAAAAA